AUGGCAACUGGCAUGAGCGAUGGAGAAUCCUUAAAGGUAUUUACAAUUUUAGAGUUACUGCAUCCAAAUUCGGCAAGCGGUCACCUGAAUGAAGUAAAAAUCAGAGAAACAAGAAGAACUCUGAAGUACAAAUACAAGAACGGAAACCAUACACAAGCAGGAAAGGAAAAAAAGUCCAUAGCAGGAAAGAAAUCUGUGGAGACGGUUCUGAUGCUACCCCGCUGCGGGAUAAGUGUGAACACCGUCUCCUCGGCUCAGCCCCGCUGUGCGCUCUGCGCUCUGCCGGGGGAACGCGCGCCCCUCGCUCCCCGUCCCGGCUCUGCCCCGGCAGCAAGGUGCCCUCACGGCUCCUCUGCCGCCCCGGUGCCGCAGCUUCCCCCGCUCCCGCCGCCCGCGGGACGCGCCGGCCGGGACUGCCGGUACCACAGCAGGGCUCCGGUACCACAGCAGGGCUCCGGUACCACAGCGGGACUGCCGCAGCCCGUGCCUGCGCGGGGGCCGUGGCUGCCGCCCCGCUUCACCUGCUACCCGCACCACUCGGGAGGCAAGAGCAGCCCCGAGGAGCCCGUCCCAGGGUUUGCCCACCCGGCGCCGGCAGCAUCUUUGCCGCCCCGGCCGUGUUCGCCGUCCCCUGCCCGCGUGCGAGUGCUUGGGGGUGCAGUGAUCGAUCCCGGGGCCGGGGGCCGCGGGAACGCCACGGGGCGCCGCGCCCGGCUCCGCAACCCCUUCUACCCGCUGACCGAGGAGUCGUACGGCGCCUACGCCGUCAUGUGCCUCUCCGUGGUGAUCUUCGGCAUCGGCAUCAUGGGCAACAUGGCAGUGAUGUGCAUCGUCUGCCACAACUACUACAUGCGGAGCAUCUCCAACUCCCUGCUGGCCAACCUGGCCUUCUGGGACUUCCUCAUCGUCUUCUUCUGCCUGCCGCUGGUUAUCUUCCAGGAGCUCACCAAGAAGUGGCUUCUAGAAGACUUCUCCUGCAAAAUCGUCCCGUACAUCGAGGUGGCCUCUCUGGGCGUCACCACGUUCACGCUGUGCGCCCUGUGCAUCGACCGGUUCCGCGCCGCCACCAACGUGCAGAUGUACUACGAGAUGAUCGAGAACUGCGCCUCCACCACGGCCAAGCUGGCGGUGAUCUGGGUGGGCGCCCUGCUGCUGGCCCUGCCCGAGGUGGUGCUGCGCCAGCUGGCCAGGGACGAGCCCGAGCACGGCGGCAGCGCCGCGGGCGAGCGCUGCGUGGUGAAGAUCUCCACGGCGCUGCCCGACACCAUCUACGUGCUGGCCCUCACCUACGACGGGGCGCGCCUCUGGUGGUACUUCGGCUGCUAUUUCUGCUUGCCCACCCUCUUCACCAUUACCUGCUCCCUGGUGACGGCCAGGAAAAUCAGGAGGGCAGAAAAAGCCUGCACGAGGGGGAACAAGCGACAAAUUCAGCUGGAAAGUCAGAUGAAUUGCACAGUGGUGGCUUUGACCAUUUUAUAUGGAUUUUGCAUUAUUCCUGAAAACAUUUGCAACAUCGUGACUGCCUACAUGUCCACAGGGGUCUCUCGACAGACUAUGGACCUCCUCCAUCUCAUUAGUCAGUUCCUUUUGUUCUUUAAGUCCUGUGUUACCCCAGUUCUCCUGUUCUGUCUCUGUAAACCUUUCAGCCGGGCCUUUAUGGAGUGUUGCUGUUGCUGCUGUGAUGAAUGCAUCCAGAAGUCUUCCACGGUGACGAGUGAUGACAAUGACAACGAGUACACCACAGAGCUGGAGCUCUCCCCAUUCAGUACCAUCCGUCGCGAAAUGUCGACUUUUGCUUCCGUGGGGACUCACUGUUAAUUGACCUUAGGACUUUA